AUGUCUUCCGGUGUGAAAGUAAACCAAGCUUGCAUUGAGGACUUUCAGAAGCUCAAGAUUGGCAGGAAAAGCAAGUACAUCAUCUACGAGCUUUCUUCUGACAAUACCGAGAUCGUAGUGGCCAAGACCAAUGAUUCGACGGACUACGAUGAUUUUCUAGCUGACUUGCCAGCCGGCGAAUGUCGUUACGCUAUUUACGACUUUGAGUACGAGAAGCCCGGCGAAGGCAAGCGAAACAAGAUUUGUUUCUACAGUUGGUCUCCUGACGAUGCAAAGGUAAAGCAAAAGAUGCUUUACGCCUCGUCGAAAGACGCGCUGCGCAAAGCUCUCGUGGGUAUUGCCGCGGAGAUCCAGGGCACGGACUUUAGCGAAGUUGCCCACGACGUCAUCCUCGAGAAGGUCACGCGCGUCUAA